GUCAAACAAAAGCAACCCAAAUACCAAGUUCUAAAGGAAGAAGUGAGGAAGAUGCUGAUCACUUAUGAACCGAAAAGUGGAGAUGACGAGGCCGCGAUGGCCGACAAGUUGCAACUGAUAGAUACAAUCCAACGGUUAGGUGUUGGGUAUCAUUUUGAAACGGAGAUAGAAGAAGCACUUGAAAAAGUGUAUGAUAAAGGGGAUGGCUUGUUCAAUAAUAUGGAUGACAAGGGUACCGAUCUCUACCAUGCAACUCUUCGAUUUCGACUCCUCAGACAACAUGGAUUUCCUGUCUCACACGGAUUGGUUUACAAAGUUGAAGGACAAUGAAGGAAGAUUCAACGAAUGGUUAUCAACCAAUGACCAAGGGUUGUUAAGCUUGUACGAGGCAGCACACAUGGCGUUUAAUGGAGAAGACAUAUUGGACGAAGCCCUAAGUUUUGCAACAAAGACCCUUAAGUGCUCAAUCCUCCCACAGACUAUCAACCCUAGGUUCCAAAAGCAUAUCAAUUUUGCACUUCGUUUUCCCGUUUGGAAGUGCAUCCCAAGGUUACUCGCUAGGUAUUACAUCGAUUUCUACUCCGAGGAUCCAUCACACAACCAAAAGCUCCUCAUGCUCGCAAAGUUGGACUUCAAUAUGGUCCAAAACAUUCAUCAGCAGGAGCUCCGUGAAAUCUCAAACUGGUGGCAAAGCCUUCAAGUGACAACCAACUUUCCGUACGCAAGAGACAGAGUCGUGGAGUGCUAUUUUUGUAUAAAUGCUAUCUACUUCGAGCCCAAAUAUCGAUUGGCAAGGACGAUACUCAACAAGGUCUUCUUAACUUUGUCACUCGUGGAUGACACUUUCGAUAACUUUGCUACGUACGAAGAGCUCCAAAUCCUCACAGAAGCUAUUCAAAGGUUUGAUGGGGAGGCUAUUGAAGCACUACCCGACACGAUGAAGAAUAUUUACCGUGUCAUCGUUAACACUUAUGAUGAAAUCAAUGUGGAAGUUGGAAAAUUAGGAUCCUCUUUCGGUGUUGAGUAUGCUAAGGCAGAGCUAAAAAGAAUAUGUGGAUCCUACUUGACUGAGGCUCUGUGGCGCAACAAAGGCUACGUUCCAACACUUGAGGAGUACAAGAAGGAAGCAUAUAUCACCAGCAGUUCACUCAUUCUUUCUGCGUCUGCUUUUCUUGGGAUGGGACCAGAAAUAGCCACAAGAGAGGCUUUCGAAUGGCUUUCCAAUGAACCUAAGAUGAUAAGAAGUGUCGCUGCCAUUGGUAGGCUCGAAAAUGAUAUCACCUCUCAUGAGUUGGAACGAGAGAGAGAGCAUGUGGCUUCCGCAGUGGAAUGCUACGUGAAGGAGAACUUAUCAGCAUCUCGGGACGAAGCCGUUGAAUCCUUUCGGAAUGAGAUUUCUAUAGCCUGGAAAGACGCUACGGAAGAGUACUGUCAAAACCCAACUCCACUGCCUGUAGCUCUCACACAACGUAUUCUCAAUUAUGCACGUUGCUCUCACGUGUUAUACGAGAAAGGCGAUGGCUACACGGAUCCCUAUCUUUUAAAGGCGCACAUUGCUUCAUUGUUCAUUGAUCAUGUGCCUCUUUGAAAAUAAAAACAAAAAAAAAAAUGUUAUUGGGUGUUGAAUUUUGGAUGUUCAUGGCUAUGGCUAUAUGGAUGCUUUCCUUAACUAUUGAGCACCAAUAAAUAAUAUGCUUACGGUGUUAAAUGUUGUUCAC